AGCUUCGCGUCUCUGGGGCGGAGUCUCUGCCCUCGUGAUGUCCCCGCUGUGGUUCCUGGGCAAGUUUUGGGGAAAUGAAAGCCGCUAGGGGCCACGCCUGGCCUUUUUCGUAACCCAGCGACCCGCAGUGCCGACACAGAUUCCUGGAUCUCAGCCCCAUAGCGGCGAUGAUCCCGCUGCUGCUGCUGGCCGCGCUGCUGUGGGUCCCCGCCGGGGCCCUGACCUGCUACGGGGACUCCGGGCAGCCUGUGGACUGGUUCGUGGUCUACAAGCUGCCAGCUGCCAGCGGGUCCGGGGAGUCGGUGCAGAGCGGGCUGCGGUACAAGUAUCUGGACGAGAGCUCCGGGGGCUGGCGGGAAGGCAGCGGACUCAUCAACAGCUCGGUGGGGGCCGUGGGCCGAAGCCUGCAGCCGCUGUACCGGAACAACAACAGCCAGCUCGCCUUCCUGCUCUACAAUGACCAACCGCCUAAAUCCAGCAAGGCUCACAUCUCUUCCAACCGUGGGCACACGAAGGGUGAGGCCUGGAUUUGGGGGCUGCAGAGAGACUCGG